AUGGCCGAUGAAGCGACCCGGCAUGUGCGCACGCGCGCGAAAAAGGCCUGCAUCCCUUGUAACCGACGGCGCAUCCGGUGUAAUGUGUUGCAGAUGCAGCCGUGCCAGAAUUGUGUGGCGAUGAAUGCACAUUGCGAGGUGGGGGUAUCGAGGCGGGGGAAAUAUCCACGCCAUAAAGCCGCCCGGCAACGCACGCCGGCGUCGGAUGUUUCGCCGUCUAGUCUGCAUGACGAUGGAGCGUCGAUUGCCAGUCCGGUGCAGUCGUUCAAGGAUCAUCAGUCUGUUCCUAUUCCUGCUCAUCCAGCUGGAGUAGUGCAGACUGUCUUUCUGGGUGAAUCUAGUCCAUUGACAUGCAUGAUUGACGAGGGCCGACGAUCUCCAGAUCGGGGAUAUACUCAUGCCCUGCAAAAGACAAGACUUCAUUAUCCUAUUCCAGCUCGACUGGAGACAACUGCUCGUGAUGAAUCGAUACAUGCGUAUAAGCUAAAGACAGAAGAGAAUCUCCAGCGCGAUGGUGCAUUUUCAUACCCGCCAAUCGACACACAAAAGACACUGCUGGAAGCAUACUUUACGUGGUUCCAUCCGUGCUUUCUUAUCCUCGAUCGUGCGUCUGUCUACAAAUCCUAUACAGAUGGGUCUAUCUCUCCUCUUCUUCUGCAGUCGAUGCUUUUUAUCGGCGUGAGUCUCUGUACAGAUACCGCAUUCGCGAGUACAGAGUUUCCGGUCCGCUAUUCAGCCAAGUUCCUCUUUUACAGUCGCGCAAAGGCGAUCUACGAUGCAGACUGGGAGACGAAUAAAGUCAUUAAACUGCAGUCGAUGUUCAUGCUGAGCUUUUGGAGGGGAGGGCCGUCAGAAGAACGCGAUACGAGGUUCUGGCUAGGGAUUGGGAUUAGUCUUGCUCAGAAACGGGGGAUGCAUAUGAUGUCAAAAUUGUCAUUUACAAGUCCCGCUGAGGAGAAGCUGUGGAAGAGGAUCUGGUGGGCUUUAUAUAUUCGCGAUCAACAAAGCUCGGCUGCACUUGGAUUGCCCCCGAGGAUCCGUGAUGAAGAUUGCGAUGUCGCCAUGCUUGAGCCUGAGGAUAUCCAGGAAGACGAGGCAGUGGAUGAUCGGAUAUUCGGGGUACAGACCGUCGAGCAUGUCUACUACCCUGUUGAAAUGGCCAAACUGGCAAGAAUAUUACGUGCCAUCGUGUCGAAUCAAUAUCUCCCCAAUCAAUCAACCUCUGCUCCCUCUCGAGCAACUCUCCAUCAACAGCUGCAAUCAUGGGAGUCGAAUCUCCCGUCUACAAUGAAACUCGAUAAUAAAUCAACACCAGGCGCAAUAUUCCUCGUCGGUCUACUCCAUAUGACAUAUAACAAUCUCUAUAUCCUCCUCUACCGCUCCCUCUUCCUCCAACCCCCUUCCACCCCGCAUGAAGACAACGGCCACAUCGCCCUUGAAGCAGCCACGAAAAGCACCCGCAUCAUUGAAGACAUGCUCUCGUAUAAUCUCGUCCAACACGGACCUACCCAUCUAAUAACCCACGCCUUCUCAACCCUCUGCAUCCACACCAUCAACUGCUGUCGCACAACAGGCACAUCCCGCAAACUAGCCGAGCACCGCGCCCGUCUAUGCCUGCUGGGUCUCCAGGAGUUGCAGAAAUCAUGGGAUUUGGAGAAUUGGGUGCUGGAUCUUUUCUUUCGGUGUUUGGAUGAUGGGACGGCGCGGAAUUUGCGACUACAGGAUGCGUCUGCUGAGGUCGGCCAGGAAAAUGCAGACGAAGAAAAUGUUAUGCCGGAUGUGAGGACAGGACAAGAUGGGAGUGUGGACGUGCACAAUGUCACUGGGGACCUGGCAGCACCGCAGGAUUGGUAUGGGUUGUUUAAUUUUACGGAUGAUUAUACGGAUGUGUUGGCGUCGUCGCAGCCGGAUGCGUUGAAUUUGCAGAAUUUGGAGUUUCUAUAUAGGUUUCUAUAG